CAUUCUUCAAUAGGGCGUAGUUCGACAAGUGCUUGCAUUAGUAAUCAUCCGUGUUGUGGGUGUUAAUUUUUGUGUUUGUGCUAUUAUUUUUACUCUAUUUUAACUGUAAUUUGUGUUUUUCCACGUAUAAGUAGUCUUUUAAGUGUUUGUUUAAUCUCAGGGCCAAGAUGUUGGGCUCAAAAACAUCGAUUUUAAUACGCAGCUAUGCAUUAUUUAUGCUCAUUCUGGCUGUGGGUGUGUUCGCCCAAUUUGAAUGGCAGCAACGCGAUGCAUUUGAUGAGAUUAAAUACAGAUUUGAUAAAGUAAAUGCCGACAAUUGCCCCAUACAGCAUGUUAGUGAUAUUUAUUUGCCAGAAGACACAGUUUCGCACAAACCGGAUAUCAAGGAGAUUAAUAUCAAUCCCAUAUUUCCGAAUCGCACGGCGCUGCUUCAUUUGCACAACAUGGCAAUGAGUCGGAGCUUCUUUUGGAGUUAUAUAUUGCAGUCGCGUUUCAUACGACCAGCCAUUAAUGACACUUAUGAUCCGGGCAUGAUGUACUAUUUUCUAUCCACCGUGGCUGAUGUGUCGGCGAAUCCCUAUAUAAACGCAUCGGCGAUUUAUUUUGCGCCGAAUAGCUCGUACACGUCUUCCUACCGUGGCUUCUUCAAUAAAACAUUUCCACGUUUUGGGCCACGCACAUUCCGUUUGGAUGAUUUUAAUGACCCCAUACACUUGCAAAAGAUUUCCACGUGGAAUACUUUCGAUGUACGUGAUUUGGGUGCGCAUCCGCCUGAUAUGAAAUCACAGGAUUACACCUCAGAUUUGUAUAAAAUAAAUGAGUGGUAUAAGACGUGGCUGCCGGACGAUGUGGAAGGUAGGCAUGAUACCAAAACUACCUAUCAAGUUGAAAUACGCUACGCCAACAACACAAACGAAACAUUUACAUUCCACGGACCGCCUGGUGCCGAUGAAAUUCCUGGUCCAGUGAAGUGGACACGCCCUUACUUUGAUUGUGGACGUUCUAAUAAGUGGCUUGUUUCUGCUGUUGUACCAAUUGCUGACAUUUACCCUCGACACACGCAAUUCAGGCAUAUUGAAUACCCCAAGUAUACCGCUAUUGCCGUGUUGGAAAUGGAUUUUGAACGUUUGGACAUAAACCAAUGUCCGAAGGGCGAGGGUAACAAGGGACCUAAUCAUUUUGUGAAUACUGCGCGUUGUAAAAAAGAAACCACAGAAUGUGAGCCGCUGCACGGUUGGGGCUUCCGGCGUGGCGGCUAUCAGUGUCGAUGUAAGCCCGGUUAUCGAUUACCGAAUGUGGUGCGGCGUCCCUAUUUAGGUGAAAUUGUUGAGCGGGCCUCAGCAGAGCAAUACUAUAACGAUUAUGAUUGCCUCAAAAUUGGAUGGGUGCAAAAAGUUCCUAUACAAUGGGAACGCGCACCAUACCACGUGCGUGAGAAAUACUUGGAUUUACAUCCGGAAUAUCGCAACUAUUCCACCGGCGCACGAGCUUUGCAUGCAGAACAUAUUAAUAUUGAUCAAUCGCUGAAAUUCAUACAUGGCGUGAAUUAUCGCACGUGUAAAAACUUCCAUCCACAAGAUUUAAUAUUGCGUGGCGAUGUAAGCUAUGGCGCAAAAGAACAAUUUGAAAAUGAGGCGAAAAUGGCUGUGCGCUUGGCGAAUUUUGUUAGUGCUUUCUUGCAGAUCUCUGAUCCCAAUGAAGUGUACACUGGUAAACGUGUGGCCGACAAACCGCUGACCGAAGAUCAAAUGAUCGGCGAAACACUGGCCAUUGUCUUGGGCGACACUAAGGUCUGGUCGGCUGCCAUGCUUUGGGAACGCAACAAAUUCACCAACCGCACUUACUUCGCACCAUACGCAUACAAAACCGAAUUAAAUACACGCAAAUUCAAAGUUGAAGACAUCGCACGUCUGAAUAAAACGCACGAAAUCUACACGGAGAAGAAGUAUUUCAAGUUUUUGAAACAACGUUGGUCCGCCAAUUUCGAUGACCUAGAAACGUUCUAUAUGAAAAUGAAGUUGCGUCACAACGAAACAGGUGAAUAUAUGCAAAAAUACGAACACUACCCGAAUUCAUACCGUGCGGCAAACCUGAAACAUGGCUAUUGGACACAACCGCAAUUCGACUGUGAUGGUUAUGUGAAAAAGUGGCUCGUGACCUAUGCGGCACCCUUUUUCGGCUGGGAUAGCCUUAAAGUGAAACUGGAAUUCAAGGGUGUCGUUGCGGUCUCUAUGGACAUGUUGCAAUUGGACAUCAACCAAUGCCCGGAUUGGUACUUUGAGCCGAACGCUUUCAAAAAUACACAUAAAUGCGAUGAGCGAACGUCUUAUUGUGUACCCAUUAUGGGCCGUGGCUAUGAAACCGGUGGCUACAAAUGUGAAUGUCUACAAGGCUAUGAAUAUCCUUUCGAAGAUCUGAUCACCUACUACGACGGUCAACUUGUAGAAGCUGAAUACCAGAAUAUUGUGGCCGACAAGCAGUCGCGUUACGAUACAUUCCACUGCCGUUUGGCUGGCGCAUCCGGUCUACAAGUCGCCACAUCGCUUUUCGUAUCACUGCUCGGUUUAACGCUAAUACUAAUGUAUAAGUUCAGAUGAGUAUAUGCGGCGUUGUAGGCGGUGGUGACCGUCGCAAGUGUCUCCCAACGCCUCCAAACUAAUAUACAAACAAUUCGUCCAUUUUCGUUUAAGUACUAGUAUGUAAGUAACCGUAUUUGAUAACAACAAACAAAAGAUAGCACCAACAUACAAUUAUCUCUUUUCCAAAGAAGUGUGAAUGGCAAUGAUCACAAGAUCAUCACACACAUAGAGAAAUAUUUUUUUUUUUUUUGGUUUAAGAAUGGAAGAAUCUCAAAUGACAAAAAACAAAACAAAAACAGCACAAACAUUCCUUCACUUCAUCCUGCCAGCAACAGUGUUUGCAAAUCAUAGGCGAAAUACAUAUUUAACAGCAAAGGCUGCUGUAUGAGCAGCAGAAAUGCUGCUAACAACAAAAGCAACGACAUCAGCAAUGGCUACACAAUGGCAGUAAUACGAGGCGCACUGAGAAACGGUGUCAUCAUUUAUCCAAGACGAUUAAGUUGUAGACAUAAUCUAUUACAAUGCAUCUAGUUAUUUGUCAUUUGUUGUACAACACAGCGAGGUGAGGAGCAGAAAGCGCACAGAGAAGAGAUAAGCAAUGGACGGCAGAAACGCUCAAGAAAAGCGCAAACGUUCGUUGAGCAAGUAGCAUCUCCUGCAACGCAAUCCGCCUUCGGAGCUCAUAUUACCAGCGCAAGCGAACGCAAAGAACGGAAAUGCUAACGGAUGAAGCUAUUGAGAAACUACGAAGUUGGCGCAGUGAACGUACAUUUACAAGAACAUUUCACAUAGCAAAAGCGACAAAAUUCGCAAUAAAAGAAAACCUGUUCAAUCAAAAGCCAAAUAUGCCAGCUUUGUGUCUUAUGUCUCUCCGCUACACUUUGGCUACAACACAUCUCGCGACAAUCUCUCGCUUACUUUGCUGAGCAGCCGAGUGCGAAGAGCGUAAAUUAGAUAACGCUUACUACUCAAAAGGGUUGAAAAUCUGUGCGCUAUAGUUACUCAUUAUGCUACCAUCGCUCCUAGGCUUGCAUACGCAAAUUUACUACAUCAUUUGAAAAUUCUCAUUUUUUAUUUGACCAUGCCAUUCAACGUUGUGGUCGCAAAGUCUUAGACAUUCAGAGGCGAUCAAAGCUGAGUGUGCCCAUUGUUGUUGUUGUUGCUAUUGUUA